AUGUACACGGUUGACCCCUUCGCCCCCAAACACGGGGGUGCCAUUUCAAGAUUCCUCAGUGCCGCACUCGCCACCGCCGUGUUCCGCUGCUGGCCUCUCCUCCUCUUCUACACCGCAUGGGCCACCGCUAUUUCGGUCAUAAACCAUGCCGGAAUCGCCAAGCUGUCUUUCCAGCCCACCCUGUUGACUGUGUUCGGUACAGUCCUCGGUUUCAUUGUCUCCUACCGGACGACGGCGAGUUUCGAGCGGUACAACGAGGGUCGGAGGCUAUGGUCUCAAAUCAUCCUGGGCAGCAGGACGUUGGCGAGGACGAUCUGGUUCCAUGUUCCAGAGAUGCACCCUGUGCCCGCCGGGCAGACGAUGUCGGAGGAGGAGCGUAGGGCUCGCGUGCUCAUUGAGAAGAAGACGGUUAUCAACCUCAUCGAGGCGUUUGGUGUUGCGGUGAAGCACUAUCUGCGUGGUGAGGAAGGCGUGUACUAUGUCGAUCUGUACCACCUCGUCAAGCACCUCCCCGCAUACGCUCUUCCCGCCGGUCUUCCCUCCCUCGUCGAUGUCAACUCAAUGGACAAUGCGUCUACACGCUCUCCCCACCGUCGUCGCGGUGACAGCAUUGUAACCCCUUCGCUAGUCAGCGGCGUGGAGAAUGGGGGCUCCAGAUCGCCUGUGUCCCCCACUUUCCCCCAAGGACUUCCUCCCCCGGCCACAGCAGGCAUUGGACGCAAAGUCAGCUUGCAGCUCCCUCCUUCCCACCGGGAUAACGUUCGCACCAGGCAUGCCGAGAAGACCAACAAAGGCGACAUUAUUGCUGAGACGGACGAGAAGGGCGAGAAGUACCACCUGCUCGACCUGUUCCCUCUGUCUCUGCUCGUGGGCUUUUUGACGAAGCGCGGCAAGGAAGUCAAGGGAAAGAAGGCUGCGCGCAUACGGGCGAAGCUUCGGAGCCGGGUUGUCACUCACAACCUGCCUCUUGAGAUUUCCCUGUACCUCAGUUCGUACAUCGCCGCCCUUCAAGACCGUGGAGUGGUGCCGCCGCCUACGGCCACCAAUCUGCUCAAUGCCUUGACUACCCUUGUUGACGCGCUGACUGGUUUGGAGCGUAUUUUGACGACGCCGAUACCCUUCUCUUACCGGGUUCACUUGUGGAGUGUGGCACUUGUGUACAACUUCUUCCUUCCUCUGCAGAUUUACCCCACCCUUGGCUUGUUGACCAUCCCGGCCACAUUUGUCGCGAGCUUCAUCUUCUUCGGGUUCUUGGUUGCCGGCGAAGAGAUCGAAAAUCCCUUCGGUUAUGAUAAGAACGACCUGAACUUGGAUCAUUUCACGCACAACAUCAUUCGCAACGAGCUGCUCGCUAUCACUGCACUCCCGGCGCCUCACGUCGAGAACUGGGCGUUCUCCCAGUACAACGACCAGAUCUUCUCGAAGGAAGAUCGCGCCACGCCCAACGAGUGGAUCCACCGCGGGCUGGGACCCAUCCAAACUGCGCUUGCGACCAUCUAG